CUCCCUCCCGUCCCCUCUCCCCUGACAUGGGCCGCCAGCUGGCCCUGACCCUCGCCUACCUGGCUCACCUGCUGGCCACCGCGACCAGCUCAGAGCGCCAACAGCACCGUGUGCAGCAAGGCCGCUGCAGCUACACCUUCAUCCUGCCCGAGGUGGAGCACUGCCAUCCCUUAAAGGACUUCCAGGUGACCAACACCCUCCAGAGGGACUCCCCGCCAGAGGCAGAGCCCGACACAAGCCAAUUCAAGGCGGGCAAGGCCCAGAAGGAGAGGCCUUCCUGGCAGGACAGGAAGCUGGUGAACCUAGAGAGCGCCAUGGAGAAUAACACUCAGUGGCUGCAGAAGCUGGAGAACUUCAUCCAGGAGAAUGUGCGCUCUGGGAUGGAGGAAAUGAAAAGUACUGCGGUACACACCCAGACAGCUGCCAUGCUCGAAAUGGGAACCAACCUCCUCAGCCAAUCAGCGGAGCAGACCCGCAAACUGACAGACGUUGAGACCCAGAUUUUAAACCAGACAAGUCGCCUGGAGAUACAGCUGCUCGAGUACUCGCUCUUCACGAACCGGCUGGAGAAACAUAUCCUCCUGCAGACUCAAGAGAUCUCACGCCUCAGUGAUAAAAACAGUUUACUGGAACAGAGGCUGCUAGCGCUGGAGGCUCGCUAUGGGAAGGAGCUGCACGGCUUGCAGAGCGAGAAGCGGCAGCUCCAAGAGCUGGUGGAGAGGCAGAGUGGACUGGUCAGUCAGCUGCAGGGUGAGCUGGUCAGCUCCACGCUCAACAGCACCUCGCUGCAGAGGCAGCAGGCCGCGCUCACAGACACUGUUCAGCAGCUGCUGGCGAUGGCCAACCGCUGCAACGGUGAGGCUCAGGCAGUGGCCAAGGAGGAGACGCGGAGUUUCAGGGACUGUGCGGAGAUCCUCCGAUCGGGAGUGACAGAGAGUGGAUUGUACGGCAUCCGCCUCCCUAACUCGACGCAGACUGUCAAGGUGUUCUGCGACAUGAAGACGAGGGGUGGGGGGUGGACCGUGCUGCAGCAUCGGAGAAACGGCUCCGUGAACUUCCAUCGCGGGUGGAGAGAUUACAAAAUGGGCUUUGGAGAGCCGACUGGGGGACACUGGCUGGGGAAUGAUAUCAUCCACAAGCUGACCAGCUCCCAAGAAUACAGUCUGCAUGUCCAGCUCAAAGACAGAGAGGGGAAUGAAGCUUUCUCACUUUACGAUCACUUCUACAUCGAUGGAGAGGACAACAACUACAGCCUUCAUGCCGAGGGCUUCAGUGGCACAGCUGGACGGACGAGCAGCCUCACCCACUCUGGCACCCAAUUCAGCACCAAGGACAGAGACAAUGACCGCUGCACCUGCAAGUGCGCCCAGCUCGCAUCUGGAGGUUGGUGGUUUGAGGCUUGCGGUCCAUCCAACCUGAAUGGCAUAUAUUACCCCAGCUCCUCCAGUGUGGUUCGCUACAACGGCAUCAAGUGGUACUAUUGGAAGGGUCCAAAUCUGAUGGCUACCAUGACGACCAUGAUGGUGCGCCCGGCAAACUUCUGACGGCGUCACGCGGUCAAGGCGCCAGAUUAUCUAGUCGCCUCUGAUGAACAAAAUGAACAAUAUCCAGGAAAUGGUAUAUUUGGGGAGGCAAUUGUUAUCCAACUGUUGGUGGUUUCAGCUCGUCGACGUCUUGGAGUGGGGCCCGUGUGGACGCUCAGCAAAGGACUGGUUUAGGUGAAUUCCUGAGUAUCAACCAACAAUAUCGAUACACAAGUCUAGACUGUAUUUCAAUAAGGAUUGUUCAGCUGAGAGGAGGAGGGUAUGGACUUUGCUACAGAUGACCAAAACAUGACCAGUUACUCAAUUCUAAUAGAAUUCACCUGCUUAAUGGAUAAACUUUUAGAGACACUAUCACAAUACCUACCUUUUUAUAAUAAACUGGGAAAUCUU